UUAAAUGGUAGAAAGGGCCAGAGCAAAGGUCCCUCCGACCAGCCUUGUCACAUUUUCCACUGCCCAUGUCCCUUAGAACAUGGAGGAAAUUAUGGCAUUUUCCCUUCUUAAACUUUCUCUCUCUCUCUCUCUCUCGUCUCAUACAGCAUAAAAGCCCUCAUUCAACAACAAGCAAUUCCUACUCCUAGUUCUUGAAGCAACAAAACCAUCAACCACAACAAGUAAAUAAACAAGACCACCUCAAUCAUUGUGGUCGAAUCCAACCAAAGAAAAACCUUCUUGGUCACCACUCACCACCCUUUUUGCAUGUUUUAAGGAGAAAGGAAAGAUUAUCAUCCUUAAAUAGCUGAUCAUAAAUAGAUGGAGAUUGAGUCAGUGAAGUGCGAGUGUUGUGGGUUGAAGGAGGAUUGCACGCAAGACUACAUCAGCGAGGUGAAGUCAAAGUUUGAAGGGAAAUGGUUAUGUGGGUUGUGCUCAGAAGCAGUGAGAGAUGAAGUGAGUCAUGGAGGGAAAAAGGCAUCAUCAGCUAUGGAUGAAGCUGUGAAGGCUCACAUGUCAUUCUGCCGCAAGUUCAAAUCCAACCCUGCAGUGAGAGUGGCAGAAGGCAUGAGACAGAUGCUGAGAAGAAGGUCUGGUGACUUGUCAUCAUCAUCAGCAUCUUCUUCAUCAAAGAAGUACACAAGGUUAACCAGCACUUCUCAAGUUGGGGAUUCUUCAAGUUUCCCUUUGUACUGAUGCAGGGUUGAAACAGAGGACACUCUGCUUUGCUUCGAAUAAAAGUUUUUAGGUUUUGCCUUUAGGCCUAAGUUUUUUCUUCUUGUCGUCACGUACAGGAAGUAUUGUUUCAGAUUUUAAGCCUCUUUUUUUUCUUUUCUCCAACUGAUAUCUAGUUUCGUACCCCUAAUCCUCUUUCUUUGUCAUCUCUUUGUUUACUUUCUUGGAAAAAUAGAGACAUGGUUUUCAAGAAGAUGAUCUCAAUCAA